AUAUAUACAGUAUAUUCAUAAAGUUUUAGUUAGCGUUCUGUGACGUAGCACAUACGUACUACGCCCAUUGCGCCUGCGCGGCUGCGGUCCACACGUGAAGAAUACAGCAUGGCUGAACAGGCUGGAUUUGAGUUAGAUCGAAGUCAGGUGAAAAAGGCCGUCCAGGCUCUGAAAGCCUUCCUGAAAACCAAGUCCUCCGGAAGCUCUCUGUUCCUGGACGACACUCAACACAUCAGUCUGCUCUUCACCCUGUGGAGGAUUCCCAAACAGGCUCAGACCAUCCGCAUUCCAUUACCUCAUGGCCAGCAAACAGACUCAGACGAGAUCUGCCUCUUCACCAGAGAUGAGCCCAAAAUGACCUCAGAGCAGACUCAGAGGUUUUACAAGAGGCUACUGCAGGAAAGAGGGGUCAAAAGCAUCUCUGAGAUCAUCCCUUACAAGGUCCUAAAGACUGAGUACAAACCAUAUGAAGCCAAGCGUCGGCUGCUGGGAAACUUUGACAUGUUCAUUUCUGAUGAUCGCAUCCGACGACUGCUGCCGUCUCACCUAGGAAAACAUUUCUACGAGAGGAAGAAAGAGCCACUGUGUGUGAACCUGCUGAGCAAAAACCUGGCUAGAGACAUCCAGAGCAUCAUCCAGGGAUCCAAGCUGAAGGUCACCAAUAAAGGCAGCUGCUGCAUGGCUCGCAUCGGCCACUCCAGCAUGACUGCAGAUCAGCUGACAGAAAAUAUUGAGGCUGCCGUGAAGACGGUGAUGGCCAAGCUACGAAUGAAAGGGCGUGUGAUGAAGGUCAUCCACCUGAAGAGUCAGACGUCUGUGGCUCUGCCCAUCUACCACUCAGACCUAGCUCACAUCACCCAAGACAAAAAAGCAGAAAAAUCUGAUGAAGCAGACGAGGAAAAGACUGGAGCAGCCAAAAAGCAGGCAAAGAACAAGGAGACUGAAGAAACAGAGGCUGCAGUGAAGGAGGAAGAAGAAGAGGAGCAGGAGGAGGAAGAAAAAAUCCCACAGUUGGUUCCUAUGGAAACACCCAAAAAAAAGGCUAAAGUUGAGAAGCCACUGACGAAGAGGAAGAAGACGCAGCUGGAGAAAGCUCCCAAACCUGCUGCAGCCAAGAAAGAGAAAAAGUCACAGAGCAAAGUCAUAAAGAAAACGAAGACCAUGGCGGUCGGCAAGAGCGAGUCGAAAGUGAAGAGAAAGGUGCCUAAAGUGAAAUAAUGACGAUGAAACUUGGACAUUUGAUAGAGAGGACAGGACCAGAGUGUUUGUAAUAAUCAAAAAAAGAAUAUAAAAUGUAUUCAGUCUUGUUUGUUUGUACUUCAUCUGAAGCAGAUAAUAAACUUUGGAACAGGAGAA